AUAUUGUUACUUAGGUUUUCUGUUAGAGCGUUAGGUUUUUUGGCCGCUCACAAGGAAAGAAGUAAUAGUUGUGGGCGUACAUUAACUUAUCCCCUAGAGCUUCAACCUUUGUAGUUUUGUAUCGCAUCGCGUUUUUCCCUGCCUUCGUUCUUACAGAGAAAUAUGGCAUCAUCGUCAUCACUAAUGGCGACUCUCCCUCACUUAUCUUCUUCUUCUAUUAUAACCAGAGGUGAUUCUUCUUCAAGAAGACGCUCGAAUCUUAUUCUUCCUCGUACUUCUCUCAGUACCAGAGCGUCUUCUGGUUUCACUCCACGGGGGCAAUCCAUAUCUUUCCGUCAAAGUAGUUUUGUUGGCCAGAAGCGGCUGCAGGAAGGUGGAAGUGGAAAGUUACAAUCUCAAAGGAAAGAUGCAUGGAAGCAAUUUAAUUCCUUUUUCAGUGAACCAGUCAGUGCAACAAGCUUACAGAAAACAACAACGUGCAUUUCUUGUUUCCGGGACCAUCAUAGGCAUAGGUGCAGUGCUAAGUUAUUCCCAGGGAGAAUCUUACAAGACAAGUCGAAUUUCCAUUUAUCAAAGUUAUCAUCAAGCAAACUAUCAGUUAAUCCAGCUCAUGUACCAUAUGCAACCCCGGGUCGAGAAGAGCCACAUGUUGCCAGCCCAACUUGGACAGACGCCAUUAUAGAUAAAGAAGGGGUGGAUUUCAUGGAUCCCGAAGCAGCAAGAGCAGAGUUAGAGGGUUUUUUGGGAUACCAGCUUCCAUCUCACCCUAAGUUACACCGGGGGCAACUGAAAAAUGGUCUUCGCUAUAUUAUUUUGCCAAACAAGGUUCCAGGAGAAAGAUUUGAAGCACACAUGGAGGUCCAUGUUGGAUCCGUAGAUGAGGAAGAAGAUGAGCAAGGAAUGGCUCAUAUGAUUGAACAUGUGGCGUUCCUGGGAAGCAAGAAGCGUGAGAAGCUACUUGGGACAGGAGCACGCUCAAAUGCUUACACAGAUUUCCAUCAUACAGUGUUCCAUAUUCAUGCUCCUACUAGUACAAAGGACUCCGAUGGGGAUCUACUUCCAUUUGUACUGGAUGCUCUAAAUGAGAUAGCUUUCCACCCUCAAUUUCUUGCUAGUCGGAUUGAGAAAGAGAAAUUGGCAAUCCUUUCAGAACUGCAGAUGAUGAACACCAUAGAGUAUCGCGUUGAUUGUCAGUUGCUUCAGCAUUUGCAUUCAGAAAAUAAGUUGAGUAAAAGAUUUCCAAUUGGAUUAGAGGAACAAAUUAAGAAGUGGGAUUCAGAUAAAAUUAGGAAAUUUCACGAGCGCUGGUACUUCCCUGCAAAUGCCACCUUAUAUAUAGUUGGGGAUGUUGAUAACAUUUCCAAGAUAGAAUAUCAGAUUGAGGCUGUUUUCGGACGAACAGGUAUAGAAAAUGACACAGCCCCAGCUCCAGCUCCAGCUCCUAGUGCUUUCGGCGCUAUGGCGAGCUUUCUUGUUCCAAAACUUCCAGUGGGGCUGGCGGCAAGCUUAUCAAAUGAAAAGUCAUCUCUUUCCAUGGAUCAAUCAAAAGCUUUGAAGAAGGAGAGGCAUGCUGUUCGUCCUCCAGUCAAGCAUGAAUGGUCUCUUCCUGGUGCUGGCAUGGAUGCUAAUCCACCGGAGAUUUUCCAACACGAGUUGCUGCAGAACUUCUCUUUCAGUAUGUUCUGCAAGAUUCCUGUGAGCAAGGUUCAAACAUAUGGAGAUUUGCGAAAUGUUCUGAUGAAGAGAAUAUUCCUCUCAGCUUUGCAUUUCCGGAUUAACACCAGAUACAAGAGUUCAAAUCCUCCUUUCACAUCAAUUGAAUUGGAUCACAGUGAUUCUGGAAGAGAAGGUUGUACUGUUACCACUCUCACUGUAACUGCAGAACCUAAGAACUGGGACAGUGCGAUUAAAGUUGCAGUCCACGAGGUUCGACGACUUAAAGAGUUUGGAGUGACGAAAGGUGAACUGGCUCGUUACUUGGAUGCACUAAUAAAAGAUAGUGAACAUUCAGCAGCAAUGAUUGAUAAUAUCCAGUCAGUAGAUCACCUAGAUUCUAUCAUGGAGACUGAUGCGCUUGGCCAUACCGUUACAGACCAAAGACAGGGACAUGAAUGUUUGGUGGCUGUUGCUGAAACUGUUACACUCGAAGAAGUUAACUCAAUUGGUGCUGAGGUGCUGGAGUUUAUAUCUGACUUCGGAAAGCCUACUGCACCGCUUCCUGCAGCAAUUGUUGCAUGUGUUCCUAAAAAAAUUCAUAUUGAUGGGAUUGGUGAAGCAGAAUUUAAAAUUCUACCUACAGAAAUUACAACUGCUAUUAAACAAGGUCUGGAGACACCCAUUGAAGCUGAACUAGAGCUUGAGGUGCCCAAAGAAUUGGUAUCAUCAUCACAAUUGCAGGAACUAAGGUUACAACGUGCACCAUCCUUCGUCCCAUUAAGUGAAGGAGUUAAUACCACUAAAUUGUAUGAUGAAGAAACAGGCAUUACACAAUGCCGCCUUUCAAAUGGGAUUUCUGUUAAUUACAAGAUUACAGAGCAUGAGUCUAAGGCUGGUGUCAUGCGGCUGAUAGUUGGUGGUGGAAGAGCGCAAGAAGAUUCCAAUUUAAAAGGAGCUGUUAUUGUGGGAGUUCGAACUCUUAGCGAAGGAGGUCGUGUUGGAAACUUUUCGAGGGAGCAGGUAGAGCUGUUCUGUGUGAACCACCUAAUAAAUUGCUCGUUGGAGUCCUCAGAGGAGUUUAUUUGCAUGGAAUUUCGAUUCACACGUAGAGAUGGUGGAAUGCGUGCGGCAUUCCAAUUACUUCAUAUGGUACUCGAGCGUAGUGUCUGGUUGGAGGAUGCAUUUGAUAGAGCAAGACAGUUAUAUUUUUCAUAUUAUAGAUCCAUUCCUAAAAGCUUAGAGAGAUCAACUGCUCACAAGAUUAUGUUAGCAAUGUUGAACGGAGAUGAACGUUUCGUUGAGCCGACACCCCAAUCGUUACAAAAGCUGACUCUGCAGACAGUCAAAGAUGCAGUCAUGAGUCAAUUCUUUGGGGAUAAUAUGGAGGUAAGUAUUGUUGGAGAUUUCACCGAGGAUGAUAUCGAGUCUUGUAUUCUUGACUACCUGGGGACUGUCGGAGUAACGAGAAGGGAGGGGGUAGUGGAUGGCUUCAAUCCUAUCAUGUUUCGACGUUCUCCAUCUGAUCUGAUGUUUCAACAAGUAUUCUUGAAAGACACUGAUGAGAGAGCAUGCGCGUAUAUUGCUGGCCCUGCCCCAAACCGCUGGGGACUUACUGUUGACGGACAAGAUCUUUUCCAGUCUAUUGAUAAUAGCACACCAGUAGAGAUUGCACCGUCACAUCCGGAGGAAUUCCUCUCUCUGGAGAAGAAGGAAGUUGCUAAUGGUCUUCCAUCGAAACUUCAGAGUCACCCACUAUUCUUUGGUAUCACGCUGGGGCUUUUGGCAGAGAUAAUAAAUUCUAGGUUAUUUACGACGGUGAGGGAUUCUUUGGGGUUGACGUACGAUGUUUCGUUUGAGUUAAACCUGUUUGAUAGGCUGAAUCUCGGGUGGUAUGUGAUUUCAGUGACGUCAACUCCUGGCAAGGUAUACAAAGCUGUUGAUGCAUGUAAGAAUGUUCUUAGAGGUUUGCGGAGCAGCAAGAUUGCCCCAAGGGAGCUGGACAGGGCGAAGCGGACACUUCUAAUGAGACAUGAAGCUGAGACCAAACAAAAUGCUUAUUGGCUGGGAUUGUUAGCUCACUUGCAGGCAUCUUCUGUUCCAAGAAAGGACAUUUCAUGCAUUAAAGACCUACCUUCGCUGUAUGAGGCCGCUACUAUUGAGGAUAUAUACCAAGCAUAUGAUCAGUUGAAGAUAGAUGAGGAUUCAUUGUUUUCGUGUAUUGGGGUUGCUGGGCCUCAGUUAGGCAAAGAUGUCUCUGAGCUGUUAGAGGAGGAGGAAUCAGAUAUUGGACAUCCAGGCGUUCUUCCUAGUGGACGUGGCCGAUCAAUGGUAACACGGCCAACAACAUGAACAUAUUUUACUUCGCGAAAUUACAUACCAUGCAAUUUAAUCAUCCGAUGAUGUACAAUACAAGGUUUGUGCAGGAAGACAGAGCAAACAGAAGUUUGGACAGGGAGCAAUUGUCGAAUCAUUACGAAUACUAAAUUGAGAGAGGUAGCGGAACAUGUGCUGAAUUUUACUUAAAGCUUCUUUCCCUGUCCAUCUCACAUCACCGCCGACACCAAAUUACAUGCCAACUUUAAAGAGCUCUGAAAUCCGUAUCAUAUAAUUCUUUCCUUUUCCUUUCACAAUAAACAUUGGUCACAUUUAAGGCCGAACUUUUUGUCCCCUUCUACAGUAAAUGUAUAUACUAUUCUAACAAUUUUUGGAACCCUGGUUCCACACCAACACAGUGUCGUUCAUCUUUCUCUCCAGUGGUCUAUUUACUCGUUUUAAUAAGAAAAAUAAUCACCUUUCUAACACGAAUAGUUUGAGGUAACAGAUGUGAGAUUAUCCCCUUGUUUUAAA